UUAUCGCAUUUCACCAGGCAAGAUCUCGUUCUACUAUCCAAGACACAGCAAGGUAUUUUAAUCAGCGCGUGUGGAUUGGUACCGUAUCACUUGCCUGACUAAUUGUUGCAGAUAUGAGGUCCACGACGGUUGUGUCGUGGCUGGCUGUCAUGCUGACUCUAGUCACUCUAUCGACAGUACAGGCAGCAUCCAAGAACUCAUCGGGCACAACGCACCCGACCAAGUCAGGGAUCGAGGUCUGGGUGGAUCCGGAGACCCCUAAAGACCGUCACACGUAUAUAAGUUCUCGCGGUCGGAAAUGGGACCUGGUAAUGAGUGACGAGUUCAAUACCAAGAACCGCAGCUUCCGUCCUGGAGACGACCACAUGUGGACGUCGCUUGAGAAGCCCGACGGUGUGAAUGGCGCUCUAGAACUGUACUCGCACAAUAUGACAAGUACCGCUUGCGACGACGACGGCACGUGCUACUUUUACAUUAAAACCAUGGACGAAGUGAACGUCAUUCGCGUCUACAACAUGUACACGCGUCCUGCUGGGUACCAGAAUGCCUACUUCUGGUACCGAGCGGCUAUGGUGCAGUCCUGGAACAAGUUCUGCUUCCAAGGAGGGAUGCUCGAUGUACGAGCUCAACUCCCUGGUGCGGUGACAGAAAAGUCCGGUAACCCCGACCUGGCCCUUGGAAAAUCCGGUAAAGUCAAGACAACCAAGUUCUACCCUACGUGGCCUGGUAUUUGGAUGAUGGGGAACUUGGGGCGAGCGAUUUUCUCGGCCUCAACGAACCGCAUGUGGCCGUUCUCGUACAACAAAUGCGAGCCGGACGUGUUUAACCCGAGAAACCAGCGUAUCAGUGCGUGCGACGACAACCCGGGCUACGGUUUGAACCCGAACCAAGGUCGUGGGGCUCCUGAGAUUGAUCUGCUCGAAGGAGGUGGCUUGGCUAUCUCUUCGUCACUGCAGAUUGCUCCCGGUAUGCCUCUGGACUACCGUCUUUUCCCCGCAGACCCGAAGGGAGCUGACGUCACCAACCCGUACUGUGUGUUCACGUACGACUGUCUGACUCCUGGCGCCAAUAUGAUUGAUGUGCCCACAGCGUACUACAAGAAGGAACGUGGCCACAAGUCGUGGUAUCAAGGUCUUCGCUACGGGGCGAACAACCAGUGUCAACAAGUGUCUUCAGAGAAACAAGACUACGACACUGUGGCCGCUUCGGUGAAGGGCGGCAUCAAGGAGAACACGUGUACCGUUGAUACGUGUCCAGCGUCUGGAGAUGUAAACGGAGAGUUGAGCUACAUCGACAAAACCAAGUCUGCGCACUGGGGGAUCAACUCGAACGGUACUUGUUACCCGCUGAUGAACUCGUACAUGGGGGCGUAUCUGUGUGAUCCUGACAAUUCGGACAAGAACUGCGAGAAGCCACGUAACGAGAGCACACCCAAGACCAACACGAUGAAGUCAUUCAACUAUCAGAUGGACGCUAUCUCGUCUAACUGGCCGAUUCACCUGGGUGGAUACUUGGGAUACCUCAAUUACCAGAUCGAGUGGGUCACUGGCAAGAAUGGCUACGUGCGUUGGAUGUUGGACGGUGCGCCUCUGUUCGAAGUCACGACCGAAGCGUUCUCGAACGUCCCGCAGAACAGCAAGAAGGAUAACCCGGAGAAGGUGAUGCUGGAAGAGCCCAUGUACAUGAUCUACAAUGUGGCGUUGUCUAGAUCGUGGGGUACGACGCCUCCGAACCCAGGCCAGGAGUGCCGAGGCGAUGGGAACGAUCCCGUGACCAACGCUAUCUGCGACUCGUUCCCCAUGUACAUGAAGAUCGACUACAUUCGAGUGUACCAGGACAGAGGAGACGACCUCGAGGACGACAACUACAUGUCGAUCGGCUGUGAUCCGGCCAGUCACCCCACCAAGAAGUGGAUCGAGGGGCACAUUGACGAGUUCGUGGACGACGACAACCCGUGGAAGGAAGUGUCGGGAAAAGCCUUUUGCAAGAUCGACGACGACUGUACAAUUGGCGGGAACGUCGGCACGUCGGCGCUAAAGACUGGCAAAUGCGUCAAGAACCGCUGCCAAUGCACCUACUCGACGUCGUGGGGCGGUCCGCGUUGUACGACGGCGCUGGCUGGAUCGACCAGUUCGAGUGCCAGUAGUCUGUCGAAUCGUGCGUACGGCCCGCCCAUGGGUUUGUCCAUGGGUGUCGCUGCCGUCAUCGUCUUCUUGUCGAUCGUCUCGGUGUACAUGAGUAUAGCCUCGAUGAAGAAGCAGGCGGCGCUCUUGACCAAGACGAGCGCUCAGGCCAAAAUGGCGGCUAAUAGUAUCGACGACGGUAGUGUCAACCACGGCAACUCAACUGGCCAGAGACCCAAAGACAACUACAGCCAGAACUUUGUCUAA